UGGGAUAGGUUUCUUUUUUUCUUCUUUUUCUUUUCUUUUUUUUUCAAUCACAUUAAAAAUUUGAACAAGUUGUAUUCACAUUAUCAAAUAAGGUGGGAAAAACAUUGCUUCCCUUUAUUCCUGUGUGAGUCUGCACCAAAGGAGCAAGAGGCUAACAGCAUCUGGGUAAUACCAGCUGGCACCUGAAUUAUUGGAAAGUACUUGGUACAUUUGACAGAAUUAUCUAAACAGGUAGAUGGUGUUGCAAACACUUCAGCAAAACCCAAUUAGAGGCCUCCAAGUCCAUUCUAAUUUACAGCUUCCAAACUGUUUACCUAUAGUGUAGGCAGCCCAUCUGUUUUGAAAUUCUUCUAGGAAACUAUGGCUGUCCAAAUUAGUCCAACAAAUAGCUGAAAGUACACAUUGCUCUGUUAGGAAAGGAAAAGCAGACCUAGGUAAAAGUGCAAAAUUUUAUUGGAGCCUAAAUGGGCAGCUUUGUUGUGCUGUAUGGCUAGCAACUGGGUCAUUAGAUAACUCACAAAACACUUCUCUAGCAGCCCAGGCUUUCCUGAGGUUAACUCUUGCAGGAGAGCUAGGAUGAGGAAAAAGAGAUUUUCCCAAGCUGCAGCUGCAUUUGAUGUCCCCUUCACCCCACACCUGAGCUCCUGCUCCCUGGAAGAAAAACCUAAAUAAAGACAGCAGUGGCAGCAGAGAGAGAUUGUUCUUGGUAGUGGCUGCUCCUGACUUUAAACUCUGGACAUUGAGCUAGAAAGCAGUGCUGAGAAGGAGGACGAAGAAUAAAUGAUACUGGGAAAUGGGAAACCCCAAGAAGAAAGAAUCUUACUUUUCUCCUCUGAAAAAGGUAGGCUUUGCAAUCUUCAUCUUUUCAUCUGGAUUGGUGAGCCUCGAAAUUAUUAGUCUUUACUUAAGCAGAACAAGAGUCUCACCUAUUUACUAGAUUAAAUUAACAAGCAAGCAAACAAAAAACUCUUUUGAGGGUGUUUGCUGAAUCCCUUGUGAUUAUUUGUACCUCACUUUAAAAAUAUUUGCUUUGGCACUUUAAAAAUUUGAUUCAAAUCUUCAGUGGAAAUUUGUUUCAAAGGGGGAAAAAAAAAGGAAGAAAGAAAACAAAACCACCCAACACAUUUCAUGCGCCUUGCAUUUUGACCCAGCCCACAGAACGACUGGAAGACUCUUCAUAGAUCACCAGAGAGAGCAGCUACUGACGAUUCCUGGAACAGGGCCCUGUAUAGAAAGGCUUCCUGGGAUGGAUGUCACCCGCCUGCUCUUGGCUACCCUGCUGGUCUUCAUGUGCUUCUUCACUACCUACAGCCACCUACCACCUGAAGAGAAGCCCAGGGAUGACAGGGUCCUGAGGAGCAACUCCUCCAUGAACCUACUGGAUUUCUCUUCUGUCUCUAUUGUGGCUCUGAACAAGAAAUUCAAAAGGAUCAGCAGAAAAGAAGCAGAAAAGAAGAGAUCUUCUAAGAAAGAAGCUUCGGUGAAGAAGGUGGCGCAGCCCCGGCCCCCGCCGCCCGCGCCCUGCGUGGCCACCCGCUUCAGCUGCAAGCCGCCAGCGCCAGCCUGCUGCGACCCGUGCGCCUACUGCCACUGCCGCUUCUUCCGCAGCGCCUGCUCCUGCCGCGUGCUCAACCCCUACUGCUGAGCCUGGCCGCCGCGGCGCGCAGCUUCGGGACGCCGGCGCCCCUCUGGCAGGUGACCGCUGGUCGGGGUGGCUUUCUAGGACCGGGCGCGAGCGGAGCGUCCAGGAGGCGGGACUUCAAGGAGACCUGGCUUGGGCUAAAAUCGAAAUAAAGUACACGUAGGCUGCUCAAAGGACCUUUUCCCAACUGGAGACCGAGGUUAUGCCUAUAAGGACAGAGCUAGUAUGGAAACGAUGAGGUAAACGCCUCUAUCCAGCUGGACCCUGCAAUGGAUAGAGUGACAACCACCUGGACAGAGCACAAGAAGAGAAGCUGGGUGCUCCAGGCUAGGUUGUCAACACAGUUCUGCACGCUCGGCAAGUCUUUGUGUCUGUGCUUCCAUUUACUUGUUUAUAAAAUAGGAAAUAAUCA